UACAGCUCUUUUCCUUUUAUGUUUCGCGUUCACAGCCUAUAUAAGCUGAGGCCCUGUAUAUUGACGUCCAAGUCCUUUCUUCUUCCUUGCAACAGAGUGCGCUACAAUUGUUUCAGCACGCGUCCGAUGGCUUUCCAAGCACCUCUCGAUAGGGCUGCAGGUCCUCUAGUGUGGAUCGACUGUGAAAUGACUGGACUGGAUCACAAAAAGGACAAGAUCAUCGAGAUUGCCGUUCUGAUCACAGACGGUAAUCUACAGAUUGUCGAUGAGGGUAUAGAUUACGUCGUACGAACUGAAAAGUCCCUCCUAGAUGGAAUGGACGGAAUGUCGGGCCUUACACAGGCAUGUUUAACGUCGCAAUGGACCCACGACCUUGUCAGACAAAAAGUGCUAUCCUACAUUCAGAAAUGGGUGCCCCACAAUACAGGCGUACUCGCCGGCAGUUCUGUGCACGUAGACCGCUUGUUCCUCCUCGAACAAAUGCCGGAAGUAAUCAACUGGCUUCGCUAUCGAUGGUAUCCGAGCCUCAGGGAUCGACAGCACGAAACAAGUCACCGGUAAGUGCAAAAAAUCAUGAACUUUCCCUGUACCGACUUUGUUUCAGUGCUUUGGAUGAUAUCAAAAGUUCUAUUGAAGAGCUGAAGAGGUACCGAGCCCUCAUUUUCAAUCCAUCUCCAGCACUGGAAGCCCAGCCAAGUCCUUCGGCAGUCAGCUUCUAACAAAUGGGGUUA